AUGCCCGAACACCUUGAGCUUCAGCAGUUAGUGGACGGUGUGUUGCAAGGCUCAACGCGCCAUCGGUCACUCUCGUGGCUACAAUGCUCAUGUCCUUAUCUGGGAAUCAUAUUAGCGACUGUGUCCUCGUUUUUCUUUUCCCUUUGUUCCGUCAUCGUUAAGGGGUUGGUUGAUGUAAACCCAAUCGAGCUAGCCACAUUCAGGUUUAUUGGGGUGUUGUUACCCUCGAUACCGAUUGCAAUUUACCGAGAAGAAAGUUUUUAUCCAGAAGGCAAACGUAUCAUAUUAAUACUGCGUUGUUUCGUUGGCACUACAGGACUAAUGCUUAGUUUCUACGCGUUCCGGCACAUGCCAUUGGCGGAUGCAUCGGUGAUAAUUUUUUCUACUCCGGUAUUUGUUGCUAUUUUUGCACGGUUAUUUCUCCGGGAAGCUUGCGGAAUGUUUAAUGUCAUUACUAUCGUGCUAACGUUAAUAGGCGUAGUUUUAAUCACUAAACCACCAUUCCUAUUUGGCGAAAAUCAUGUGUCGAUAGUGGACGAACAGAUCAUGGAAUCCAGUUACGACAUUUGGGGGCCGGUAGCUGCACUUUCGUCGACUCUCUUUGGCGCAAAUGCAUACGUUUUGCUCCGUGCCCUGAAAGGGCUUCAUUUCUCUGUUAUUAUGUCGAACUUUGGCGCUUUUGCCUUAUUCUACACGCUGAUAGUGUGUUAUUACAUUGGAGCUCUUUGCUGGCCCCUAUGUGGAACAGAUCGUUUUCUUGUUAUAGCGUUAGCUCUUUUUAGUUUCGGCGGCCAAAUACUGCUUACUCUUGCUUUACAAUAUGAACAAGCGGGCCCCGUAGCGAUAGCACGGUCUGCCGACAUUGUUUUCGCUUUCAUUUGGCAGAUUAUGUUUUUCAAGGAAACUCCUAGCCUUUACUCGGUGCUCGGUGCUCUACUCGUUGUUAGCUCGGUCAUUUUGUCCGGGCUACGGAAAUGGGCUCUGGCACUACCAAGAGAUUCGGAAACAAGAAAAAAGUUGCAGUUUUUAUAUUUAGAAUAG